GAUCGCUGGCGCUACAUACUGCGCCUGCGCGCGGGUCGCGGCCCUUUUUCCCCCCCGGGAGCGGUGCUAGGCCUGCUGCUCUGUGGCAAGCCGCCGAUUGGGAGCUCUGUUCUGCAGGAUGGGGUUUGUAAAAGUCGUCAAGAAUAAGGCUUACUUCAAGAGGUACCAGGUGAAAUUUAGAAGACGACGAGAGGGUAAAACUGAUUACUAUGCCCGGAAACGAUUGGUCAUCCAAGAUAAAAAUAAGUAUAACACACCAAAAUACAGGAUGAUAGUUCGUGUAACCAACAGAGAUAUAAUUUGUCAGAUUGCUUAUGCCCGUAUAGAAGGAGAUAUGAUAGUUUGUGCAGCUUAUGCUCACGAACUCCCAAAGUAUGGCGUGAAGGUCGGCCUGACAAAUUAUGCUGCAGCUUAUUGUACUGGCCUGCUGCUGGCCCGCAGGCUUCUUAAUAGGUUUGGUAUGGACAAGAUUUACGAAGGCCAGGUCGAGGUGACUGGAGAUGAAUACAAUGUGGAAAGCAUCGACGGUCAGCCUGGUGCCUUCACCUGUUACCUGGAUGCAGGGCUUGCCAGGACGACUACUGGAAACAAAGUUUUUGGGGCCCUGAAGGGAGCUGUAGAUGGAGGCCUGUCUAUCCCUCACAGUACCAAACGAUUCCCUGGUUAUGAUUCAGAAAGCAAAGAAUUCAAUGCUGAAGUGCACCGAAAGCAUAUCCUGGGGCAGAAUGUUGCAGAUUAUAUGCGUUACCUGAUUGAAGAAGAUGAGGAUGCUUACAAGAAACAGUUCUCUCAGUACAUAAAGAACAACGUGACUCCAGACAUGAUGGAGGAAAUGUAUAAGAAAGCUCAUGCUGCGAUACGAGAGAAUCCAGUGUAUGAGAAGAAGCCUAAGAAAGAAGUUAAAAGAAGAGGUGGAAUCGUCCCAAAAUGUCACUUGCCCAGAAGAAAGAUCGGGUUGCUCAGAAGAAAGCAAGCUUCCUUCGAGCUCAGGAACGGGCUGCUGAGAGCUAAUAAACCAGGCCAUAGUUUUUCUAUGAAGAUUUUUUCAAAGACAUUAAUAAAUGUAUCAAUCAAGCCAUUUGUGUUAAGCUCUUGUUAAUGAAACUGUGGGAAAUACCUGAAAUUGACUGUUUUCCUUCAAGAAACAAGUAUAGCUUUUUCCAGAAAAUGAUUUGCAUAUUGAUUGACUCAAAAGUUCACACCUCCUUCUGGGCAUCUGUUCUUCCUGGCAGGACUUGUAUGAUGUGGAGCUCUCCUUAAAAAGUCUGGCAAGCAACAGAACCUUCCACUAGAAAUAUUUCUUCCAUUCAUUUAUUAUAACCACAUGAUGAGUGGGAAGGAAAAGUACCUUCAAAGUGUACAUAAUUUUAAAGUAAACAAAACUGGGAGUUACCUGGUGGCCUAGCAGGUUAAGGAUCCAGCAUUGUCACUGCAGGGACUUGGGUCACUGCUGUGGUGCAGGUUUGAUCCCUGUCCCCAGGAAUUUUUGUAUGCCGCAGGUGAAGCCAAAAAAGUAAGCAAAACAUGCUAACGCAUGGCUUUAAUUUUUGAGAGCUGUCUGAUGAAGGCCAUAUAAUUUUAACAUAUAUUCACUUCAACCAGAAUUUUCUCAGAGAGUCUCAUUUUACGGAGUUGAAAGGCACAGGCCAGAUCUGAACGAACAUGAAGAGGAGCAAGUAUUAACCCUUGUAUAUCAAGUUUAUAUGAGAAAAAGAUUAGAUGGGUGAAUUUACAUGCCUCUUAAAUGGCCCUUUGGCCAGCAGGAAAUAACUGUAUGAAGAUGGAAAAUUAAUAGUUCUAUGAUUUCAAGAGUCCUGCUCUUAAUGUCCCACUUCACCAUAGCUCAACUUCAGGUUGUUUAGAUUUAUGUUGAUCCCUGUCCCUGGCCCCAGGAAUUUUUCUUUGCCGCAGGUAAAGCCAAAAAAGUAAGCAUCUGUGGCCUAAAGCUGUGAAGGACCGGUUGGCUGGCUGAAAGACCCUCUGCUGAAAAAGCUCAUCCAUAUUCAGCCUCUAAAAUUGGCCAUUACACAUUGCCAAGUAGAGUGUUUCCUGGUAAGUUUUGAACACUAAGAGGCUCAGAGCCACUCAAAACAUUCUGAAGCCAUAUAAAGUGUGUCUCAAGAGCUAAGUGUAUAAUACAAGAAACCAUGCUUAUUAACCCAACGUCUGUUUAUAAAGGAGUAAUUUUAAUUUA